AUGGCCUCCAGCGAGCAGCAAGAACACGCAGCGGCACUGCUCCGACCCGAGGUAGAAGAAGCACACACCACGGAUGGGUCUCUUGACAUCGAUGGCAACCCGGCGUUGAAGCAUCGCACAGGUGGAUGGAGGGCAUGCCGCUCGAUCGUUGGCACCGAGUUCUGCUACUGCCUGGCCUACUACGGGAUCUCGUUCAACCUCGUCACCUACCUCACCACCGUGCUGCACCAGAGCAAUGUCGCCGCCGCCAACAACGUGUCCAACUGGCAGGCCGCCUGCUUCUUCACUCCGCUGGCCGGAGCCGUCGUGGCGGACUCCUACUGGGGAAGGUACCGCACCAUGGUCGUCUCCUGCUGCGUCGGCGUCGCUGGCAUGGUCAUGGCGGCUCUGUCGGCGCUUCUGCCGCUGCUGAUCAAGGACGCAUCUGCUCUGUCCAUGGCGUCUGCUCAAGAGAUCGUCUUGUUUCUUGGCCUGUACAUGGUCGCUUUCGGGCUGGGUGGCCUCCGGCCGUGCCUGAUGUCCUUCGGCGCCGACCAGUUCGACGACGGCGACCCGUCGGAGCGCAUGAGCAAGGGUUCCUUCUUCAACUGGUACGUGUUCGCCAUGAACUGCGCGUCCAUGAUAGCCACCACCGGCAUCGUGUGGAUCCAGGACCACUACGGGUGGGCGCUGGGCUUGGGGAUUCCGGCCAUGGUCCUCGCCGUCGGGCUCUCUUGUCUUGUCGUGGCUUCGCGGGUGUACAGGUUUCAGACAACCAGCGGUAGCCCGCUCACCAGAGUCUGCCAGGUCGUCGUCGCCGCUGUCUGCAAGUGUAACGUCACGCCGCCGGACGGCAUGGCCCUUCUCUACGAGCUACCGGAGGAGGCGUCCUCCAUGAAGGGAGUUGAGAGGAUCGAGCACACCGCCGGUCUCCGAUUCUUUGACAAGGCCGCCUUCAUGAUGGCUUCGGAUGAGGAGGCGGCGCCGCGCGAUCCAUGGAGGCUUUGCGUCGUGACGCAGGUGGAGGAGCUCAAGAUUCUCAUCAGGAUGCUGCCUCCGUGGGCGUGCAUUUCCUUCUUCUACACCGCGCUGGCGCAGACCUUCUCGACGUUCGUCGAGCAGGGCAUGGCGAUGGACGCCCGCGUCGCCUCCUUCCGCGUCCCGCCAGCCUCGUUGGUCACCUUCAAAUUGCUCACCAUCAUCGCCUUGAUCCCUCUCUACGACCGCGCGUUCUUGCCGGCGGCCAGGAGGCUCACCGGGAGGGAGAAGGGCAUCUCCAGCCUGCAGAGGAUCGGCGCCGGCCUCGCCAUGCCCGUACUCGCCAUGGCCGCCGCGGCGCUGGUCGAGACGAAGCGCGCCCGCGCGGCGAUGGAGCCGACGAGCAUCCUGUGGCAGGCGCCGCAGUACGUGCUAAUGGGCGUGGGCGAGAUGCUCACCUCCAUCGGGCAGAUGGACUUCUUCUACAGCCAGGCGCCGCCCGCCAUGAAGACGGUGUGCACGGCGCUCGGUUUCUUGGACAUCGCCGCGGGGAGCUACCUGAGCUCCCUCAUCCUGACGGCCGUGUCGUGGGCGACGGCGACCGGCGGCCAGCCGGGGUGGAUCCCCGACGACCUCAACGAGGGGCACCUUGAUCGCUUCUUCUGGAUGAUGGCUGGGCUCAGUUUGCUGAAUUUCGUGGCGUUCACCAGCUGCGCCAUGAGGUACAAAUCAUGGAAGGAUUGUUGAUAUUUCUGGGCCUUUUUAGAGGCCUGCAAUUCCGGCCCAAUCGUAUGGAUGGGCCUGAAAUUAUUACGGGCCUCUCAAAUAAGUGUUUGAUAAUUAAGAAUUGAUGAAGAUGUUGCAAUAACCAAAAAAAUAUUUUAGGCAAUUCAUAGACAUUAUUCUGACUGUACUGCAUCUAUGUAAUUACAAAGGGGAAAAAUACAAGGAUAAAAAGAA